UUUUCGUCGAGGAACAAGUCAAGAAGUUCAGACAGAUUCCAUCGAAAAGCUUCCUUCUCAAUCUUCGGACAAAGCUGAAACACGUCCCAAUGGUGUUAUAAAUCAGACCAGAAUCUCUCCUUCUACCCAUCAAACCCUAAAAUCCCAUCUUCUCAAUCACUCAAAUCUUCCUCGGAGAACUUCAGGUUCAGCCAUGUCUUCAGGCUUAAGAACAAGGAAAAGACGGCCAAGAAUCUGCAGCACUACUUCUUCUUCUUCUGUUCCAAGGCUCUCAUCCGCUGAAACAGUAGCGGAGAUCGAUGAUCUCUUGAUUCAGAUUCUCUCCCUUGUGCCCAUCAAAGCUCUUCUGAGAUGCAAAUGCGUAUCUAAGCGCUGGCUUUCGCUCAUCACAAACCCUAAUUUCUCCUACCACAUCAUCAGUUCCAAGCCUUCCGUAGUCUCUGGCCUUUUCCUUCGCCGUAACAGCUUUACAUCCAUGGAAUACGAGUUUCUGAGUCUUGUUCGUGACGACGGCGACGACAGGAACUCGAUCAAUCGUUCCGUCUCCCCUCCUUUCAAGUCCCCGCUAAGGCUUUCGGAUCAUCCCAGUGACAUGACCAUUCUGCAGUCCUGUAAUGGUCUUCUCCUCUGCCAAUGUUCUUGUCCCAACCAUUACAACCGAAACUACUAUGUUUACAACCCGACCACGAAACAGAGUACCCUUCUCCCUCCCAUCAACGGCCUCUCCCAUCGCGUCGUAGGCAUCAGUCUAGCCUUCGAUCCCUCCAAAUCGCCUCACUAUAAGGUCGUCUGCCUCAGAGCGUGUGACCGUACAUCCGAUCUUUUCCGGGUAGAGGUCUAUUCCUCCAUUGCAGGGCCAUGGAGACUUUCAGGCUCUCCUUUCACUCUCCCUCCAACCAUAAAAUUCGGGAACACAGUCUUCUGGAACAAUGCGGUUCACUGGUUCGGACACUUGGGCGUUUGUGUCUCUUUCGACAUGGAACGAGAGGAAAUUAGGGUUCUUCCACUUCCUCAUCUUGAUCCAGAAGACGAACAGGACAUCAAGCCUUUUAGUUUGAUGGAUGAAUCCGGCGGACAUCUGUAUUUCGUCGAGGUUUAUGACCCGAGUUCUUCACAGUUCUCGGUGUUCAAAAUGGAGACAGACGGCUCGGGAUGGUCCCCGAAGUACAACGUCGAUCUCGAACCAAUUGCAGCCGCCUUUCCAGAGAUGAUCAGUUCUGAAUAUUACACAGACGGAAGCGUUUUUGAAUUCUCAGUGAUCAGCAUUGUCAGGGAAGAAGAUACAGCGGACGAUGAUGAUGCUUACAUCGUCAUGUGCAUACCUCCCGACAAGGUUAUAAGAUACAACUUCAAGGACAAGACUUUCGAGGAACUGCACCAGUUAAAGCAACAUCAAGAUUCUGACUUCUAUGGCAUCCAUGGAUCCUUCAAGUUUGUCGAGUCUUUAGCCUGUGUCUGAAGCAAACCAUAGAUUCGUCUCUCCCUCUCUCUUGUGUUCUUGGAAAAUUUUCGGUUUUAUGCUGUAUGGAUCUGAGAGCAAGAACUCUUUUAUCUUGUAUUAGCAAAAUAAGAUUUCUUAACCUCUCUCCAGAUUCUUAAUCAA